CCUGAGAGGCGCUGCAGCAGCCCCUGGGAGACUUUGCUGCCUCCUUCAGCCUCCUGCCCCCCCCGGGGCGCGAGACUCCUGGGAACCCCCUGUGCCCCACUGAGAGUCUCUGCGGCAGAGCCCGCUGGAUCGUCCCUCUCCUCGGGAUUCUACGUGAGACGCUCUGCUGGCCCCAUUGGAUCCCCCUGUGAGAGAGACACUGCUGGAUCCUCCUGCUUGGAGCACCGCAAGAGAGACUGCUGGAUCUCUUUCUCUACCCCCGCCCCCCAUUGUAGGACCCCUUGCGAGAGAGACUUCAUUGGAUCCUCCUCCUCACUGGGUUCCUACUCUUGGAUCCCCGGCUGUGGCUCCAUUUUUGGAGGGGGGACUCUUUCAGCUCGUUUGUGGGAUCCCCCUUUUCCUUUUAAUUUGCACUUUUUGAACACUCAGAUGCUCCUCCAUCUGGACUGAGAAUCCAUCAACACAAAAAAUAAACUCUCCCCAUCCGCUUCACAUCGUGAAUUUCGUGGGUUUUUGUUGUUGCUCGAAAGCAAACGUGUAUUUAAAAAAGAAUUCGUGUGCAAAAGUCUAGCUAGGGACAUUCUUUUCCUUCCUUUCUUUCUCCACUGGAAAGCUAAAGCUUGUUUUGGAAUUGAACCUGUUUCUCCUGCACUGGGACUGGAUAACACCGAACCUCUGCUCUUCUGCUUGGAUACUGUUUUCUUGUCGACUUGUUUUUCUUCUCUUCUGUGGCAGGUUGUGGGGGGAGUUGUUUUUUUGUUUUAGUUGGAGGGGGGAAUUGAAUUUUUUUUUUCGUAUUCAGAGUCGUGAAUUUACGGGUAUUUUUUUAAGGCGUUAAAAUAAGCAAGAAGCACGUCAGAGAGACCUCUACAAGGUAGACGAAAUAUUCACUUGUUUCAUUACAGAGAGACUGAGUCGAAAGCUGCCAAAGAGCCCCUGAAGGAAAAGAAGAAACGGGAGAAAGAACAAGAAAUUCAAGAAGAGGAACAUUUGAUGGAAGAAAAGAAAAAGAAAAAGCAGGAAGAAAAGAAAAAGAAGGAAGGUGCUCAGAAAAAGGCUGCUGAACAAAAAACCAAAGUGCCAGAACCUAUUAAGACCAGUUUAAGCCAGCCCCAGCCUGCCAGUACCGGUACCAGUACUUCCACCAGCACUAUUUCCAAUAGCAGCAAUGGCAAGCGUGCAUCUGCUAAUGGGCAGCAGCCAGCUGCAUCCCGUUACCUGCCUCGUGAGGUGCCUCCACGCUUCCGCCAGCAAGAACAGAAGCAGCUCUUAAAAAGAGGUCAGCCACUGCCUACUGGAACUCUGACCAGCUCAAGCUCACCACAAGGUACUGGACAAGCAGGGGCAAGUCCUCCUCCACAGCCAGGAACAGGUGGACAACAUCAUCCCAGUAAGACCCAAACAGAUCUUAGUCAUAGUGGUUUGGGAGACCAUUAUGAAAAUUCCCACUGGGGACAGCAGCCCAAUUUCAGAAGUGAAGCCAGCUGCAGCUGGGAUAAAGUGAUAAUAGACAGGACUGACAAGGAGGCGUGGCCUUCCAUUACAGGAACUGAGACUGAAUCUGCUUCAGAAUGUACUACAGAAACUGACUCUGCCUCCAACUGUGGCUCAGAGAACAGUAGCAUGGCUACAGGGAGUGCCCCAGGCAACUUCACUGGACAUACAAAGAAAACUAAUGGCAAUAAUGGCGCCAAUGGAGCACUCAUCCAAAGCACUUCUAACCAGAGUGCCCUUGGAGCUGGUGGAGCAAACGGUAAUGGAAACUCAGCCAGAGUGUGGGGUGUGGCCACUGGCUCUACCUCUGGCCUAGCUUACUGCUCUGCCAGUGGUGGGGAUGCAAAGAUGGACAACAUGAUUGCAGAUGGUAGAAGUCAAAACUGCUGGGGUGCUUCCAACUCAAAUGCUGGCAUUAAUCUUAACCUUAAUCCUAAUGCCAAUCCAGCUGCCUGGCCUGUACUUGGACAUGAAGGAACUGUGGGAGCAGGCAACACUUCCAGUAUUUGCAGUCCAGUCAGUGCCAUCGGUCAGAAUAUGGGCAACCAGAAUGGUAACCCAACAGGCACCUUAGGUGCUUGGGGAAACUUGCUGCCGCAAGAGAGCACAGAACCACAAACGUCCACUUCUCAGAAUGUGUCUUUCAGCGUACAACCUCAGAACCUUAACACUGAUGGACCAAAUAACACUAAUCCCGUGAACUCUUCACCAAACCCUAUCAAUGCAAUGCAGACUAAUGGACUGCCAAACUGGGGGAUGGCUGUUAGUAUGGGGGCCAUCAUCUCUCCCCACCUGCAAGGCCUUCCUGGUGCUAAUGGAACAUCAGUUUCUCAAGUCAGUGGGGGCAGUGGUGAAGGAAUGAGCAGUUCAGUAUGGGGAAUAUCCCCAGGUAAUCCUGCCACAGGAAACAGCAAUUCUGGGUUCAGUCAGGGGAAUGGAGACACUGUGAACUCAGCAUUAAGUGCUAAACAGAAUGGAUCUAGCAGCACUGUGCAAAAGGAAGGAAAUGGAGCAAGUGCAUGGGAUUCAGGACCUCCUGCUGGUCCUGGGAUACUGGCAUGGGGCAGAGGCAGUGGCAAUAGUAGUGUUGGUAAUACGCAUUCUGGAGCUUGGGGCCACCCCAACCGUAACAUCAGUAAUGGCGUUAAUGGUGAAUGGGGCAAGCUCCCAAACCAGCAUUCCAAUAGUGACAUCAACGGUAAAGCAGGGUGGGAUAGCUCUAGUGUUGCCAGCCAGAAUCCUGCCAUGCAGCAGGGCAAUGAACAAAUAAACUCUUGGGCCAAAGCUGCAGCAUUGGUCACCACACCUAGUGAAGAAAGUAAUGACAGUGGGGGAGGUCAAAAUGAGGGCAGCAUUGGGAGAGAAGGAUCAGGAGAGGCCCGAAGAAGAGACAAAGGGGUGAUAGACCAAGGGCAGGUCCAGUUGCCAAGGAAUGACCUUGAUCCAAGAGUUCUGUCUAAUACUGGGUGGGGACAGACUCCUGUAAAGCAAAACACUGCCUGGGAAUUUGAAGAAUCCCCGAGGUCUGAACGAAAGAAUGACAAUGGAACAGAGGCCUGGGGUUGUACAACUUCUCAGUCUUCAAACUCAGGGGGGAAGAAUGAUGGGUCCAUCGUGAACAGUACAAAUACCUCUUCAGUAUCUGGGUGGGUUAACUCUCCACCUACAGCUGUUCCAACAAAUACAGGUUGGGGAGACAACAAUAACAAAGCGCCAAAUGGCCCAGGGGGAUGGGGAGAAUCGGCCAGCUCUACUGCUGUCAAUGCUGCUGCUACUGCUGCCAAAAGUGGCCAUGCUUGGAGUGGGACCGCAAAUCAGGAUGACAAAUCACCUACAUGGGGUGAACCUCAGAAACCCAAAUCUCAAAACUGGGGAGAUGGACAGAAAUCAAAUUCAGGCUGGACUUCAGGAAGUGGAGAUUGGACGGAGUCAUCUGUCCCUGGACACUUGGCUGAGGGAAAGAAGAAUGGAUCUGGUUGGGAUGGUGACAAUAGAGCAGGGCCAGGUUGGAAUGAUACUACAAGGUCUGGGACCAGUGGAUGGGGAAAUGGCACAAACACCAAGACUAGUACAAGUUGGGGAGAGUCUCUGAAACCUAGCCCUCAACAGAAUUGGGCUAGUAAGCCCCCAGAUAACAGUGUGAAUAACUGGGGAGGAGCAGCUUCUGUAAAACAGACUGGAUCAGGAUGGGUUGGUGGGCCAGUGCUACCCAAACAAAAAGAUAGCAGUGAGGCAACUGGCUGGGAAGAGCCUUCUCCGCCAUCCAUUCGUCGUAAGAUGGAAAUUGAUGAUGGUACCUCGGCAUGGGGUGAUCCAAACUACAACAACAACAAAACUGUAAACAUGUGGGAUAGAAACAAUCCUGUAAUUCAGAGCAGUACCGCAACCAAUACCACCACUAGUACCACCAUUAUCAACACACAUAUGGCUGAACCUCAGCCAUCACACCAGUCAAGUGCCCAGCCGAACCGGUCCCCACUGCUUGGUCCAGCAGGCUGGGGGGAGAUGCCUAAUGUCCACACGAAGACUGAAUCUUCUUGGGGAGAGCCCUCAUCCCCUUCUGCUGCAGUUGAUAAUGGCACUUCAGCAUGGGGGAAACCCCCCAGCAGUGGUACAGGGUGGGGAGAUGGAAGAGAGAAAUCUUCAGCUGCUGCCCCAGCACUGUGCAAGCCAGCUUCUAAAUCUAUGCAAGAAGGCUGGGGUAGUGGUGGGGAUGAAGUGAACCUCAGUACUAGUCAGUGGGAAGAUGAAGAAGGAGAUAUGUGGAAUAAUACUGCUUCACAAGAGAAUAACUCCUCCUGUAAUUCUUGGGGAAAUGUCCCAAAGAAAGGACUUCAAAAGGGCAUGAAGACAUCUAGUAAGCAAGAUGAGGCCUGGAUCAUGAACCGUCUGAUAAAACAGCUCACAGACAUGGGCUUCCCAAGAGAGCCAGCUGAAGAGGCCUUGAAGAGCAACAAUAUGAAUCUUGAUCAGGCCAUGAGUGCUCUGCUGGAAAAGAAGGUGGAAAUCGACAAGCGUGGCAUGGGAGUGACUGAUUAUAAUGGAAUGGUCACCAAAACCCUUGGCUGCCGCCCACCACCAAUCUCCAAAGAGUCUUCCUUGGACCGCCCCACCUUCCUUGACAAGGAUGGCGGCCUAGUGGAAGAGCCCACUACUUCACCAUUUUUGCCUUCACCAAGCCUGAAGCUCCCCCUUUCAAACAGUGCACUCCCUAAUCAGACCCUGGGCGGGAUUGCCUCAGGGCUGGGCAUGCAAAACUUGAAUUCUUCUAGACAGAUACCGAGUGGCAAUCUGGGUAUGUUUGGCAAUAGCGGAACAGCACAAGCCAGGACCAUGCAACAGCCGCAGCAACCGCCAGUGCAACCUCUUAACUCAUCCCAGCCUAGUCUUCGUGCUCAAGUGCCUCAGUUUCUAUCCCCUCAGGUUCAAGCACAGCUUUUGCAGUUUGCAGCAAAAAACAUUGGUCUCAACCCUGCACUAUUAACCUCGCCAAUUAAUCCUCAGCAUAUGACGAUGUUGAACCAGCUCUAUCAACUGCAGCUGGCAUAUCAACGUUUACAAAUCCAGCAGCAAAUGUUACAGGCUCAGCGUAAUGUUUCCGGGCCUAUGAGACAACAGGAGCAGCAAGUUGCACGUACAAUCAAUAACAUGCAGCAGCAGAUCCAGCAGCACCAGCGCCAGCUGGCCCAGGCCCUGCUUAUGAAGCAGCAGCCUCCCCCUCCACAUCUGUCUUUGCACCCCUCUGCAGGCAAAUCAGCCAUGGAUAGCUUUUCAUCCCAUUCCCAGGCUCCCAGCCUACCUGACCUGCAGACCAAAGAGCAACAGUCUUCACCGAACACCUUUGCUCCUUACCCUCUCGCUGGACUGAAUCCGAACAUGAAUGUAAACAGCAUGGACAUUACUGGUGGUUUGUCAGUGAAGGAUACUUCUCAGUCUCAGUCUCGCCUUCCUCAGUGGACACACCCCAACUCAAUGGAUAAUCUAUCGAGUGCUGCUUCUUCACUUGACCAGAACUCUAGCAAGCAUGGUGCUAUUCCUGGAGGUCUAAGUAUUGGUCCUCCAGGAAAGUCCUCCAUUGAUGACUCUUAUGGACGGUACGAUCUGAUCCAAAACAGUGAUUCACCAGCCAGUCCGCCUGUAGCUGUUCCUCACAGCUGGUCACGUGCCAAAACUGAUAGUGAUAAAAUCUCCAAUGGUUCUAGCAUUAACUGGCCGCCAGAAUUUCACCCUGGUGUGCCGUGGAAAGGAUUGCAGAAUAUUGACCCUGAAAAUGACCCAGAUGUCACUCCUGGAAGUGUUCCGACGGGGCCUACAAUUAAUACCACCAUACAAGAUGUUAAUCGCUAUCUUCUCAAGAGUGGAGGGUCAUCCCCAACAUCUCAGAAUGCCACGCUGCCUUCAUCGAGUGCCUGGCCGCUUAGUGCCUCCGGCUACAAUAGCUCUUUCAGCAGCAUUGCAUCCACACCUAGCAUUGCAGGUAAAUUAUCAGACAUCAAGUCUACUUGGUCCUCUGGCCCAAUCUCUCACACACAAGCGUCUUUAUCCCAUGAACUAUGGAAGGUACCCAGAAACACUACUGCUCCGACAAGACCACCUCCAGGUUUAACAAACACCAAGCCAUCAUCUACCUGGGGUGCCAGCCCACUGGGUUGGACCAGCUCUUACUCUUCUGGUUCUGCCUGGAGUACUGACAGCUCAGGAAGAACAAGCAGCUGGCUGGUUCUACGUAACCUCACACCCCAGAUUGAUGGUUCCACACUUCGGACACUGUGUUUGCAACACGGCCCUUUAAUUACAUUCCACCUGAACCUGACUCAAGGGAAUGCUGUGGUCCGCUACAGUUCCAAGGAAGAAGCAGCCAAGGCCCAGAAGUCUCUGCAUAUGUGUGUGUUGGGAAACACUACCAUCUUGGCUGAGUUUGCUGGUGAAGAAGAAGUAAACCGUUUCUUAGCACAAGGCCAGCCACUGCCACCCACCUCCAGUUGGCAGUCCAACACUGGAACCAGUCAGACUCGUAUGGGCUCCACAAGCAGCUCUCAUGGAUUGGUGCGGAAUGAUGCAGGCCACUGGAAUACUCCCUGCCUGGGUGGCAAAGGGAGCAGCGAUUUGCUCUGGGGUGGGGUCCCUCAGUACUCAAGCAGCCUUUGGGGACCCCCCAGCACCGAUGAUGGCAGGGUUAUUGGCAGCCCAACACCUCUGAAUACUCUGCUCCCAGGUGAUCUUCUCAGUGGGGAGUCCAUCUAGGAAAGGAGAGAAACAAAGUGGAAAUAACAAUCAUCAGCACUAAGGAAAAAAAAUGUAACCCUUUCCAGUCCAGGGCUUCACGAAGAAUCCAGCUUUAACAGAUCAGACUGGCAGCCCUUUUUAGUACCUCUGUCCAAUCUCCAAUAUGAAACUGCAGAAGUCCUUGUGAACUGUUAAUGAAACAGUAUGGACUACAUUUGGUCAGUGUCACAUGCUAAUGACAGGUUUUAUUUUUUUCAUGGCUUUUUAUUGUAUGUCUUUAUGUUUGUAUGGUGUUUUUUAAAAACGAAGUAUAAAAGCUGCUUAGAAUAGGUCUAUCAUGAAGGGCACUUUUCAGAAUUUGGGCUGGAAAGGGUUAUUUUAUCAACUUUAAGGGGAGGGGAAAAAAGAAAGCCUAUUUUAAAUGAGCCUGUGACUAUUAUGCACAUUACCAGAGGCGGACCCAAUAAUCAGAAGAGAGUGGAAUGUGAUAUUCAUCUUUGGUACAGAAAAGUAAUGAAUUCGAAUGGUAACUAUUGACUGUACAGGUUGAAUUGGAGGGUGGGGAUGGGAUAUCCAUGUCCAGUGCUCCUAUGGAUCUGCCUAUGCACAUUACCCUUGUUUCAUUACUUUUUCAUGUCAUUUUUUAAAAAUCCCCAAAAAAUAUAAAAAGUAAAAAAAAAAAAAAACACAUAUCAAACAUGCAAAUACUUGAAUCCAGCAGGCCAAUAACAAAAUGUGAACACUUUCUAAUAUUACACUUCCAGGUUGGCAUCAAUACACAGAAAACAGGCUCUAGGAAUUUUUUUAAAGUUCAUACUAUGUGUUGGAACAGAUGUAUGUGUGUGUGAGCGAGCUUGUGGGUAUGUGUGUGUGCGUGCGAGCCCGUGUGUGAUUUAACAAAAGGGUGAUUUUUUUCUCUUAUUCAGUAUAUGCUUUUUAUUUGCUCAUUGGUCAAAUGUUUAAUUGUUAUUAGCUUCUAACUUUGCACUGAGUGUUUGCAGCCCUUCUUGUAGCUAAUCCCAUAUGUUAAAAAAAAAAUUGAUAGGAAGGGCCGGCGACAAUUCAUGUGUAAAUGUUUACUCAAGGACUCUUAUUGCGUUUUAAAAAUGACAGUGUGUAUCUCUGGAGAAUAAUGUGUAAAUCUACCUUUAGCGGCUUUUUAUUGUGGACUAAUGCAAGAAAAUUAUUACCGGAGUAUUGCACCGUUUUCCAUUCGGAAUUUAAAGUUUUAAGGAAAUACUCCUGUUGAACUGUGGCCAUAGAUGUUUGUAAAGAGUGGAUAGUCCCCUGCGAGCAGGAACACAAACAAGCACUUGGACGCAGUUUUCACCGCUUUUGAAGGAGUCAGGAAUUUUGGCUCCCACCUGUUUACAGACCUUUUUUUUUUUUCUCUCCUUCAAACUUUAAAAUAAAAAAAGGAAUUAAAAAAAAAGAAAGGAAAAAAAGACUUCCCUCGUAAAGAACCCUAUUUUCAGAAUGAAGAUAUGCUACUUCAGAGCUCUGGGAUUGAACAGUGUUGUUGUAUUACCCUUUUCUUUGGCCAUUGCUGUGUAAUAUUUUUUGUUGUUGUUUUCUUCUUCGUCAAAGUGACGAAAACUUUGUGAUCACUAUCUUGCACAUGGUGGAAGAUGUCUCAGGAAAGCCGGGUUUCCCGAGGAGCAACUCCACACCAUUUCAUGUAUUUUUAAACCCAACUCCUAGCACUGAAGAUAUUAUUAAAAAAAAUAAAAAAAAUAAAAAGACAGAAGAAAAUACCUAAUCUAAUGUGUAGCAGUUACAUAUUUACCAAAUAAUGGACUCAAAAGAAAUAGAUGUUUGAAGAGUGCUUUAUAUAUUAAAAAAUUGCUUUAUGUUUUAAAAAAUGAUCAAUGUUUUUGAUUGUUUUGAAAGGAAGAAAGACAAUUGAAUAACAUACCCUUCAAGUAUGUUUUAAAAAUUAUAUGAACAUUGUGCUCCCUGCCUGCUUGGAUCAGGAAACUUGUGCAUUACAUUUUUUAUUUUAUUUUUUUUGGAAGAUUAGCUUUUUAAUGGUUUUAUCAGAUAAAAAGGGUCCUGCAAGAUUGCAAAUCAACAAAAGCUGGUUUUAUAGAGGAUCAUGAACUAUGCACAAACUGGGUUCAAGACUUGUUUUUUUUUCUCAAGUUUUAGUAAUGUAUUUAGCUAAAUAACCUUUCCUCAGAGUAAUUGCAUCUCAUUGCCAUUACACGCAUUCUACAUAUAUAUUAUAUAUAUAUAUAUAUAUACACACACACACACAAAAUAUGUAUGUGUGUAUGUGCGUGUUUCCAUACAGUAGAUAAAAUUUUCCAUGCUGAAGCUUAGCAUUGAGUUGUAGAAAAACUCCUGAUAUUUUAAAAUUGGCGAUGGAAGUUAAAAAAAAUUGUUUUUGUUUUGUUUUUGCCUUUCAUUUGGAAUUAAUGUCUGUAACUCUGAGAUUUAAAAACAAAGUUUGUGGCUUUUAAUGUUACUUCUCCUCAUAGAAUGUGAUUGUUAAAGAACAUGCACCGAAAGUUGCUUUCAAGAGUACGAAGAUUCUUUGAAACUUAAUAAAUUGCAGUUUUUUUCUUGGCUGUUCAAA